CUUGUGACCUUUCAAUGAUACCCCGGUUCAAUCACUUCUUAGCAUCAUAGAUUCUAGACCUUCCGCUUGCACACAAUUUCCGAGGAUUCGCACGUACACUGUCGUCCAUCCUGAACAUUUGCAUCGCGGCAACAGGAUUCCCAAAACGUCCUAAAGAAUAAUUUGGGACGCUUUCCAUCUAUUAUAUCUUCAUCAGCGUGCACUUCCCUCUCGAAUCUGGUCUUGGACAUACAAUACACUCUACUAAGGCCGGCUAUAGCUCGGCACUCCGGUUGUCUUGCUUUUCAACAAGGGAAAAGAUAAUGACGGAAGGAGUUGGCCGCAACCCCCCGCCAGAUGAGCAGCAAGUCUUAGACUUCGAGCAGUUGACGAAGAGCAUCUUCCCGGAAGAACUCGACGAUGCCAACGUCAGGCUCGGGUCCAUUCAAGAGGAUCCAGAAUCAGCUAUCAAAACAUCGUCUCCGAAAAGGGAUUAUGAACGGGAUGGAGCUAGUGAACCGGACUUUGAGCACGAAAUCAUCGCUCUGGCACACCAGAUCAUCCGUCAAGACAAGCUGGUCUUACCCUCCGGGCAGACUACUUGUCAAAGCGCAUCCCCGUCUGACAUGCCAGCGAGGUACCCACCCAUCCCUCUUGACAAAAGGACAGAGCACGCUAUGAUCUGGCGAACAACAGAGUCAUCAGCCGAGACCUCCAAUCCGCUCGAUCGAAAGGCCAGGAAAGCCGCGAUCCAUACACCUACGACAUACGACAACGACCUCGAACCGGUAUUACCACCCAAUCUGACAAGAGACGUUGUCGAAUGGACGAAUCGCCUGCUAUUCAACAUGUUGGCUACUCGGCCGGAUCUCGUCAAAGACUCGACUCCUAAUGCACCAAGCUCGGAAGCUCAGAAGGCAGGAACAACUGAACAAGCUGCAUUAACGGAAACAUGGGAGUGGACAGACGUGCUAGCGGCCUUGAUGGUGGACGAGGAGACAUCGGCAGAACGAGAACUCAAUAGCAGGAUUGCCGCCCGCUUGAGAGCUACUUUCGACAGCAAUGAUGGUGGUACUCAUAGUAGAACCGGCUCGGCGCCUCCAGGUCAACAGCAUAACGAGCGUACCGCUAUCUUGCAAUCCCGCCAGAAUGUCCUGGAGGAUUCUCUGAAGCGAAGACAGAUCUUGGAAGCAGCGUUCGAAGAGGAGGAGGCACGAUAUUCAAUGUCUUCCAAGGGAAAUAAGAAGCGACAACGAACUUCCGGACUCUAGCAGCUACCACCGAAGAGCUAGUCGGAUGACCCGGCUGGGAGAGGAACCGGCAAAAGCAGACUCGAUCGGAAACUUCCAGCGAAGUCCUGAGAGUAUUCCGCCAAUUUUGCUGUCACGACGAGAAGAUGGCCUCGGUC